GUGCCGACCGAGAUGCCUUCGCCCGCCACAUCUGUGGUGGAGGGUACGGUGGAGGUGCCCACAGCGCCUGAUGUGAUGGAGCUUCCUCCCCGGCCCGAGCUAGGUGAAUCUGCCAUAUUUGUGUCCCCCGAGAUGGCAGUGCCGCGUCUGGACGAGGUACCGAUUCCGUAUGGAUCGUCAGUCGCCAUGGGCUCAUCGGGAUUGAUGAGCUCAGCGAUCCCUUCGCCUUCAGAGAUGCCGGUUCCAACAGAGAUGCCCACCAGCCCGCUGGCACCACAAGAUCCCACAGAGGCUGUUACUGGCGAGACUGGCACCUUGGGAACCAAUGUGCCGACGGUGUCAGGAGGUGAACGCACUCUGGAAGCGACAGAAAUUCCUCUGCCUCAAAGGUCGUCAGGCCCCCUGGCAUCCUCAACCGCUCUGGCAUCUUCGGCGCUGUCGCCUUCGGAGAUGCCGGUUCCCACGGAGCUACCCACGAGUCCGAUGGAAGAGCCUGUGGUGGGAGAGCCAACUCACUUGCCAGGAUACGAUCCCACGGUGGAGGUGCCCACGGUGGAGGUGACCACCGAUGAACCUCCUCUGUUGGUGCCAGGUGUCCAUUCCUCGGCCUUUCUGGGUCCCGACUCCUCCGCGGGCCCGGGGUCGCCCUCG